GCGAAAAUCUAUCUGAUGCGCUGGAAAAAAUUAUCAUUUGUCCAUGACUGGAAAAGAAAACGAAAACCAGGUGCAAUUUCAACAUUUGGACCAACAAAUCUGAAACAGUCGGACUUAGCUGAUGCAUUAGCUGCAGCUAUUAUAAUACACGACCUUAGUCCGGCAAGGGAAGUUGAAAUUGAGAACUACGAACCAUCGCUGAAAAUUUUGGAUGCGGUUUUACCCGAGAUAAGAGUUUCGCCACCCGCAGACCCUGCACCAAGCGAAACAAAGAUACCCUUGGCUGAAAUGGAAGAAUAUGAUCUUCAGUCACUGUGUGAGUCCCUUGAAGCUGGAAAAGUCGAUAUCAAAGAUAAAGAAAUGGUUGUGGAGCCCGAAGAACAAAGCAUUUUGAAUACAGAAGAAAGUGUAGAACAUUUAGCAGAAGAAAAAUCUGAAGAGAGUACGGAGGAAACUAUAAAAAAGGACGAUAAGGAAGAAGAUGAAAAGGAGGAAGAGGAAGAAGAAGUAGAGACGACAAUGAAAGUAGAAGGAAAAGAACAGAGGGAAGAAAAAAGAGUAGAAGUAGGAGAGAGGGAAGAAGUAGAAGAUGAAAGACAAGAAGACAAAUUAGGGCUUAAAGCAGACAAGGAAGCAGAAGAGGAAGAAGAAGGAAAAAAGGAAACAGAAGAACUUAGUGUGGAAUCUGUAAGAGUUGAAAGAGUAGAGGAAGAAAAAGAAAAAUAUAAAAGAGAUGAGGAAGUGGGAGAGGACAAAUUAGAAUUUGUAGAAGCUGAAAAAGGAGACGAAAUGAAGGAAGAGAGCAUAAAAGAAAAACAAGAAAUGGAAAAGAGCAAAGCGGACUCUUCAGUGGUUGUAACGGCUGUAUUAGAAAAGAAAGAAGAGAAUGAGGAAGUUGAGAAGAACAGUGUGGCAUAUGUUUCGGCUGAAAAGCUACGAGAAGUAAAAAAAGAAAAUUCAGGAAAAAAGAUAGAAAUGAGAAAAACUGAAAUGGAGUCUUCAUUGGUCAUGGAAGUGAAGUUGGAAAAGGUAGAAGAGAAUGAGGAAGUCGUGGAAAGCAAACUGGAAUCUGUAACAGCUAAAAAAGUAGAAUUGAAAGAAGAGAAAGUCAAAGAAAAAGAAGCUUUAAAAGGCAAAAUGGAACCCUCAGCGGUUUUAGAAGUAAAACUGGAAAAGAAAGAAGAGAGCGGGGAAGCUGAGGAGAGCAAAUCAGAAUAUGUAGCAGCUAGAAUAGUAGAAGAAGUGAGAAAGGAAAAAAACGAGGGAAAAGAAGCACAAAAGGUCGAAAUAGAAUCUUCAGCGGUUGUAAACGUGAACCUCGAAAAGAAUGGAGAAGAAGAAGAAGUGGAGAAAACCAAAAUGGAGUCUCCAGUGCUUGCUGGAGCAGAAUUAUUGAAGAAGGAUGCAGCAGAAGACAAAGUGAAGUUUGCAAUAGCUUUAGAAGUGAAAAAAGAAAAGAUUAAAGAAGACGAAGGAAUAGCGGAAAGCGGAAUGGAAUCUUUGACGGUUAAAACGUUAAAAGAAAAAAAAGAGGAUGCAGAAAGAGGGGAAGCUAUCAGUACAGUAGAAUUUUCCAAAAUUACAGCUUCAGAGUCUACAGAUAUUCAGUUAGAGGAAAAACCAUGCCGAAACUUUCUUUUUGCAACAGUUAAGACCACUUGUUCUGAUGAUGAGCAAGACAAAACGUUCUGUAUACCUGACCUAAGAGAUCUCUCUGAUAUCGAGACGCUACUGAAUAAGAUCAGAAACAAAAGUUGUUUGAUUGAUAAAACACCGUUUCCAACACGAUUAAUAAAUGAUAAACAGAUCAAACAAAAAAGAGAAAUUGCCAAACUGAACGAUUGUUUUGCUUCACUUAUCGAGCAGACUCGUUUCUUUGAAGCAGUUAACAAGAAAGCAUCAUCCGAUCUGCAGAUGUUCAACAGAUACAAAGGACCGGAAAAAUUAUAUGCUAAGGAAAUUGCGGAGGCUAAAGAACUCUCAAAGAAACUCGAUGAAGAAUGCAGCGAAUUGGACAAGCAGAUUACAGCGCUAAGAAACGAGUAUAACGAGAAGCAAAAACAUUUCGACAACGUUUUGCAGUUGGAAUUGUAUGAGCGUAAGGAAAUUGACAGACUAAUCACAGACUACAGUCAAAUUGAAUUCGAAUCCAAUCUGCUGAAACGCCGCAUCAGCGAAACCGAGGAUGAAGUGGCUAGGUUACACGAAAAAAAUACCUUUUAUACUAGUUUAUUGAAUACAACACGCAAGGAUGCAGCAGAGCAAAGGUUAUUCAAAUUGACUCAAAAUAAUGCGGCCCAUGUGUUAUUGGAAGAAAUAUCGUUGCUGCAUUUGGAACAAGAUCAUGAGCUAGAAGAACUACAGGCCAGUCUUAUACAGAAGAGCAAUGAUUCCUGUAAAGACAGUUUCAAAAAUGAUCUAACUAAUGCAUUGACUGAAAUUCGGAAAGAACAUGAACAGAAGGUCAGUGCUGCUCGCCAAGAACUAGAGUUUUGGUACAAAAUGAAAUCCCAAGAAGUACAGCUGAAUAUAGAUCGAAAAGAAACUGACAAACAGUUAAUAGCUGAAGAGAUGAAGAAACUUCAAAAACAAAUAGUCAGCUUGAGGAAGCGAUCUGCAGACUACGAAGAACAGAAUCUGCAACUGCUGCAGCUAUUUGCGGCAUUAAGCGGGCAAAUAAAGGAGGAACAACGGAAGCAUGCAGCAGUGCUAAGUGAAAGCGACGCUAUGAUCAAGAAUCUUUGCGAAGAGUAUACAGUGCUGAAUCGGGAACUCCAAAAUCUCGUCAAAAUGAAACAAAGUCUUGAAGACGAAAUUGGCUUAUACAGGAACUUGAUGCAGAAAACAGAUUCAUUUGUUGGUUCCGGUACUACUGUGAAAGCGUUAAGACCAAAGCUAAUAACAACAGAAGUGGAAGACACUCGACUUAAUGAAGAUAUGGCAACAACUAGCUGGACAACGUUAGAACAACGUGGGAAAACCGAUGUUAUCAUUGAAGAAGUAUCCACUGAUGGUUGUUACAUUACCAUAAAAAAUACAAAUUCAAUUAAACCUGAACCAAUUGGAGACUGGCAACUUCAGCGAUGUUUAGAAACUGGACCAGACGUGAUCUAUAAAUUUCCUAGCUAUUUUGUACUACAACCAAAUGAAAUUGUUAAGAUUUGCUCUAAAGGUACCAACAACAAUGAAUCAGCGGAUUCAUCAAACUGUUUUUGGUUCAUUAAGGAUAUAACGUUUGAACGGAAUAACAGCGGUCAAAUUGAACUUUUAAAUAGCGAAGGAAAAAGAUUUGCAACACAUUCUCAGAAAACGACUGUAACAACAACAUUGCUUCGUAAAAAUAAUUCCAUUGACGGCGACGAUACUGUUGUACCAACAGAGAACGAUCAUCUUUUGGAGCACUAA